GAGAGAGAGAGAGAGAGAGAGAGAGAGAAAUACUUCAUGAAGCAAAAUCAAGAGGGAAUUUUGGCAGGCCUGGUACCAGGAGCAAUGGUUGCCUGAAUUUGCGCAAGAGAUGGAACCGAUGUGGAGAGAGAGGGGACUUUAUCCCUUUUUGGGUCUUCUAUCUAUAGCUGCUCUUCUUUACAUGAAUUUCGGCGACAGAGUUACAUUUCCUGUUCUAUGGCAACCCAGGAUGAGCUUCGUAGGCACCAAUUCCACCCGAUUCGUUGUCAUCGACCAAAAUGGCGAACAAUCAACUCUGUACGUCAACGGGUGGAAUUCGUACUGGUUGAUGGAAGAGAGUGUGUGGAGUAAUUCCAGGCACAGGGUGUCCAAGAUGCUCAAGAGAGGAGCUGAGAUGGGGAUGACUGUUUGUAGGACUUGGGCCUUUAACGAUGGAGAUGGUCAUAAUUCUCUUCAGAUAUCACCUGGGAACUUCAAUGAGAAGGUCUUUCGGGGAUUGGAUUUUGCAAUAGUUGAGGCAAGGAAGCAUCGGAUAAGGUUGAUUCUUAGCCUAGUAAAUAAUCUAAAUGCUUUUGGUGGGAAGGCUCAGUAUGUAAAGUGGGCCAAAGAAGCUGGAUUCAAUGUUUCAUCCUCAACUGAUUCUUUUUUUUCACACCCAACUAUAAAGGGCUACUAUAAGGAUUAUGUUAAGGCUAUUGUUACAAGAAAGAACUCCUUAAGUGGAGUCAGAUAUUCUGAGGAGCCAGCCAUAUUUGCAUGGGAACUUAUAAAUGAGCCUCGCUGCACAUCUAGUUCAUCUGCUCCUGUUCUCCAGAGUUGGAUUAUAGAUAUGGCUGCAUUUAUCAAGAGCUUGGACCAGAAACAUCUUCUGACUGUUGGAUUAGAAGGCUUCUAUGGACCAGAAACAACUGAAAGAUCUGGAGCAAAUCCUGGGGAUUGGGCAUCCUCAUUUGGAUCAGAUUUUAUACAGAACUCAGCAAUUGAGAAUAUUGAUUUCGCAUCGGUUCAUGCUUACCCAGAUAGCUGGAUUCCAGAUGCUGAUUUGAAAGAGAAAGCAAAUUAUCUUUCAAAGUGGGUGGAUUACCAUGUGAAUGAUAGUGAAUAUGUGCUGAAGAAGCCAGUUCUUUUUACAGAGGUUGGAUCUUCUUUGCAUGCCAAGGAACAAGGUACAUAUGAUAGGGACUUUUUAUUGAAGAUAGUGUAUGAUAAAAUAUACGAGUCAGCAAAGAGGAGGCAAGCUGGAGCAGGAGCAUUGAUAUGGCAGUUACUUGUUGAAAAAAUGGAAGACUAUGGUGACCAAUUCUCGCUUGUAGCAUGGGAACACCCAUCUACCUACAAACUGAUACUAGAACAGUCCUGCAGACUGAGAAGCAUUUUUUAUGAGGGCAAAACAAAUAGGAAACUUAAUAGUGGAGAUCCUUGCUUUGGUUUAAUAUCUUGAUACUGAUGGAUAAAUCAAGCCCAUUUGAUCCAAAUUCAUCUGUUUUGAAUGGAAAAAUAUUUAAGUUUCAGUGAUAUUUUGAUCACUGGAAAGCUGGUUGCUGGUUUCUUGUAUGAAGAAGAGAAAUACCAUGGAGCACUCCUGUGGGAACAUGAUCAGUGAUUGGUAUAUGCUUCAAAGUUCAAAGUUUAUGUACAGGUAUUUGUUUUAUCUACUUGGCCAACUGCGCUCUGACGCCCAAAAGGAUGCAAAUGUUGCGAUUAAAAUUUGUUGUAUUUAUUUCUACCAAAGAUUAUAUUGAUUGUAUCCCAAAAUGAUGCACAACUAAUACUGAAUAGUUUCAUAUUACUGUAUUUGCAAAUAAUACAUAAAUAAUAAGUUGUGAUCGUUACAUUGAUUAA